AUGAAGAAUCAAAUCGGAACCAAUUUUGAAGGAAAAAGAAAAAGAAAAAAGAAAAAUCAAGCACAGUUUCUGCUUUCUAUACUACUGAUUAUUAUUUUCCCUAAUGCUACACAUGCAAAAUCUAUGAUCGAACCAUGCAGCUCUUCAGAUUCUUGCCCUUCUCUUCUCUCAUAUAUUCUACCUUUUGAUUCUCAGCUUUCUGAGAUUGCCUUUCGCUUCCAAGUAAGCGUUUCUGAUAUCUUAGCAGCAAACUCUAUCAACCGAACAACACCAUCCCUUCAUAACCUAAUUUUUCAUGCCAAAUCUCUCCUUAAAAUGCCCAUUUCUUGUCCAUGUGUGGAUGGCAUCCGACGGUCUAGAUCGACCACUUACAUUGUCCGGCCAGCUGACACCGUCGAUUCUAUAUCAGAGGGAUUUGGAGGACUAGUUAGUGGAGAGCAAAUUCGUAGCACUAAUGGUAUUAAUGCAAAGAACCCGCUGAUGAAUGGGCAGCCACUGGUAAUACCUUUGCCUUGCACGUGCUUCAACAACAGUGAUAAUGGUGUUCCUGCAGUGUAUAUGUCAUAUGUGGUGCAGAGAGGGGAGAGCUUGGGCGGCUUAGCAAUGGAGUUUGGCACUGCUGUUGCAGAGGGUUUUUUACUAAAGCACUUGGAGGCUGUUAAUGGACUUGGCCAACCAGUGAUUGAUGCUGGUGACAUUUUUGCUAUUCCAAUUUCAUCGUGUUCAUCUGCAAAUCUGAACUGGCACAACGAGAGUCUAAUAGUUCCAAAUGGUUCUUAUGCUCUAACUGCCAACGACUGCAUCAAAUGCAUUUGCUUGCCAAGCAAUCUCAGCUUGCAGUAUUUAGCAUCUGGCAUUGGGGUCUCAUGUUCUCAUUUACAAUGCAAAGACUCUCAUCUUUUCAUAGGGGACAUACAUGUGAUCCAUACUGCAAAAGGUUGCAGUGCAAGUGCUUGUGUUUACCGUGGGCAUUAUGGCCUCAAAAUUUUCAGAAGUUUGUUAAAUUCCUCAAGCGUUCAAUGUCCAGGUAAUAAUCAAAGUAAUUACAAUAAUGCAAUACCUCCACUGGAUUCUCCCUCAUUUAAUCCUAUGUGCCCAUCUGUAGCAUUACCUCCAUUGUUAUCACCAUCUUCAGCUCCUUAUCCAACAGUUGGGAUUGAUGGUUCUAAAUCUAAUCCAAGGAAUAACCAGAAUUUCAAUAUUUCUAGUUUUGGAGAACUGAGUAUUACUCACCCUAAACGGUGUAUUUCAUUCCUUGUGGAACUUGUCUUUUGCCUUUUCUUGUGA